GUUUGAAACUGCUUUUCUGAAUUCGAAAUCAAAGAAAAGUUGGAUUCACAGAUUUUAGACUAGUGAUUUUUGUGUGUGAUUCAACCGUUGCUGAUCUCAAAGAUUUUAAUCAAGAGUUGAAAUAUAAGCAGUUGAAAUAUUUGAUAACAAUACUAUCCAGACUUUAAUAUCGCUCAUCUUAGCUUGUUCCAUGAAGUGAAAUGUCCAGUUCCAAUAAUCAAGCAAGUUCCAAUGGAACUGAUAUAUAUUCAACAACUUCAAGGUUUUCAAAAGCUGUUAGUGCAACCGCCUCUGCUUUAAUCAAUCCAGCUGAAGGAUCAACUACAAGCGAUGCCCUUUUAUCAAAUUCAAGUUACAAGAGAGUCAUGAGAGAUGCAUUGAGUUCGAAGAAUUCUUUAGCUUUGGCAAGAAGGCGAAAUAAUGAUAAGGUUGAUCUAUAUGGAAGCCGGUAUGCCACUUCAACUGAGUACUUUAAAAAUGCCUUUAGCUCUUCCAAAACAGCAUAUAAGAUACUUACACAUAUUCCUGAUGAACUUUUAGAAGAAAUCCCUGAAGAAAAACCUCAAGCUUUUUCAUUAUUUCAAGGAUUUAAUGCAACAUUACCUGAAGUUGAUGAAGAAAUAACAGUAUCGAAAACUUUAGGAGCAGAUGAGGGUGAUUUUUUGAAAAAAUUAACAAAUAGGGAUGAUGGUAAAGAGGAUGAAGAAGAUGAUUUCAAUUUUAGAUUACCUCAAGGAAUUACAAAAGAGAAAAUCACAGGUUCAUAUUCGACACAUAAAUUACACAACUACAAACAACAACUAAAUAACAACUUGGAAACAUUAGAAAUCAGGAAAAACUUGGCUGCAAGUGAAAUACUUGAACUUGAUAAUAAAAUUGCUCAACUAAACCAAUUAAGGAAAGUGGUUUUCAAGAGAGUUGCUAAAAUUGAACAAAAUGAAUUAUUUUUGGAAACUCAUUUACAAGAUAUUGAUGAUAGAAUACAAAUGAUUAAAGACUAUAAUAUGGAACAACCAGAUGAUGAUGAAGUUGAAAGAGACACAGAGGAUCAAGAGAAGGAAAAUGUUCAAACACCAGGAAACGGUAAACCACUCAUGUCACAAAGUAUUUAUGGUAAAUUACAGAAAAAACCACCAAAGUUCAAAAAGAAACACCAUAAGCAUCGUAAAACCAUGCCAACAUUACAACAAUACUAUGAACCAGGUACAGAAAUAAGAGCUAUCCAAGCACACGAUGAAUCUGUGAACUGCUUUGACUUUGACAUUCCUUUCGGUACAAUGGUUUCUGCAUCUUUAGAUAAUACUGUUCGCGUUUGGGAUUUAAGUAAAGGGAAAUGCUCAGGAAUGCUGGAAGGUCAUAUUGCACCUGUCAGUUCAAUCCAAAUGGAUGACUCAUUUGUUGUCACUGGUUCAUUGGAUGCUUCUUUGAAAUUAUGGGACCUAUCUAGAUUACAUCAAGAUUUUGAAACAAUUGCAGAAGAAGGUGAAGAGGAAGGACCAUGUGUCUAUACUUUUGAAUCACAUAUUGAAGAAAUUACAGCAUUAAGCUUCCAUAAUUACAAUCUAGUCAGUGGUUCUCAAGAUAGAACUAUAAGACAAUGGGAUUUACAAACUGGCCAUUGUUUACAAACUAUUGAUGUGUUAUGGGCUUCUCAAAUCAAUCAAACCACUAAUGUUGAUACCUCAGUUAUUGUGGAUAGAGUUAAUCCUUUCAUUGGCUGCUUACAAACAUAUGAUGCUGCAUUGGCUACAGGUACAUCUGACGGAUUAGUUAGGUUAUGGGACUUGAGAAGUGGUGAAGUUGUUAGAUCUUUAGUUGGUCAUACUGCUCCAGUUACAUGCCUACAAUUUGAUGAUAAACAUUUAGCAACAGGUAGUUUGGAUAGAUCAAUUAGAAUUUGGGAUUUAAGAACUGGUGGUAUUCACGAUGCAUUUGCCUAUGAAUCUCCAAUAACUUCAUUACAAUUUGAUUCAAGAAGAAUUGUUUCCUCGAAUUGUGAAACCACUGCAAAGAUUUAUGAUAGAAUUGAUGAAAAACACUCUUCAUGUGGUGGGAAAGACGCUGGCAGUGCUAUUAUAAACUAUGUUCGUUAUAAGGAAGGAUAUCUGGUUGAAGGUAGAGCUGAUGGUAAGAUUGGGGUCUGGGCCGUAUAA